CGCGUUUCCUCGAAGUCUGGCGCGCGGUCAGAAGGGAACACCCGAUGGGGCUGCUCCGGAGUUGCCCGGCCGCUGCUCUGCGGACCCUGAGCCAGGCGCGCGUCGCUGCUUUGACCCGGGCCAGCCUGCCCCAGCGAUGCUACUGCGCUCGCUCCGCCCAGAGCCAAGGGCUGCUUUUCCGACAGCUCUUUGAAUUGGAAAGCUUCACGUACACCUAUUUGCUGGCAGACGCAAAGACCAAAGAAGCGGUUCUGAUAGACCCGGUUCUGGAAACGGCGAAGAGAGAUUCAACGCUGGUGAAACAAUUGGGGCUAAGUUUGCUCUACGCAGUCAACACCCACUGCCAUGCCGAUCACAUCACAGGCACUGGACUUCUGAAGAAGCUACUACCAGGCUGCCGGAGUGUCAUCUCCAAGCACAGCGGGGCCUCGGCUGACAUCCUAAUCCAAGAAGGGGAUAACAUCAAAUUUGGAGCUUUCUCCCUGGAAUCUCGUGCCACCCCUGGGCACACAGAUGGCUGUCUGACCUACGUGCUGAAUGACAAGAGCAUGGCCUUCACGGGGGACGCCUUGCUGAUCCGAGGCUGUGGACGAACAGACUUCCAGCAAGGCAGCGCAGAGAGCUUGUAUUGGUCAGUCCAUGAGAAAAUCUUCACACUCCCUGGCGACUGCCUAGUCUUCCCUGCCCAUGAUUACACUGGCCAGACUAUGUCCACAGUGGAGGAAGAGCGAACCCUGAAUCCUCGCCUGACCUUGCCCAAGGAGGCCUUCGUGGAGCUGAUGAACAAUCUGAACCUGCCCAAGCCCAAACAGAUCGAUUUUGCGGUCCCUGCUAACCUCAAGUGUGGAAUUCAAGAUCUAGCUGCCUAGCCACGUGCUUCAUUCUCUAGGCCAUGCCUGUUUCCCCGGGAUCACACCUGUACGGCAUUUGAAGGCCCUCCCUGAAGCAGUGCGGCUGCUUCCCGGCGUACAAAGAACCCCAUUACCACUCGCUGUAGAGUAGGUGGUGAAAGGAGAUGAGAAGGGUGUCCCUUGGAGAGGUGCAGAGGAGAAGUCGGAUACAGUCGCUCGCCUCAGUUCCUGUCACACACAGCCACACACUCGUCCCGGCCUGGUUCCUAUAUGAUGAAGCAUCAGUUUCUAACUCUGAUCCCUCUUUGGCCCUGUUUUGGGUUUUCCUUUUGCACUGGCCGGACAUUUCUGGCACUUCCCGGCCCUCCAUUCUGUUCCUUUCAAGUUUGCCUUACAUUGAGAUUUCUCUCUCGGACCUUGAAAUUCUAUUUGUGGACCAGAAGGUAGGGACCCUUGUAAUGUGAAUGAUCAAAACUCAGGGGAGGACGGAUUUUGUGUGCGGAAGCUCUUGUUGCUCAUGGAAUAAAAAACGGCAUUUGUUGUUAA